AAUCCUGAUCAUUUUCAGUAAAUGUAUAGAGGGGUAAGAGGGUACUUAGGGAGGGGAGUAAAAACCCACAGUGCUACCUGAACAGUGUGGAGUGGAGACCUUAUUCCCCAGACUGUUGUUUUUACCGGUGUCUGUUGUUCAGCACAGCCAGCCACCAUGCCCACUGACGCCCAAAGUGAUGCCCGCUCCUUCCUGACGGAGGAGAUGAUUGCAGAGUUCAAGGCGGCCUUCGACAUGUUCGACACCGACGGUGGCGGUGACAUCAGCACAAAGGAGUUGGGACAAGUAAUGAGGAUGCUGGGCCAGAACCCGUCAAGGGAGGAGUUGGACGCCAUCAUUGAGGAGGUGGAUGAGGAUGGCAGCGGCACCAUUGACUUCGAGGAGUUCCUGGUCAUGAUGGUGCAACAGUUAAAGGAGGACCAGACUGGGAAGAGUGAAGAGGAGCUCUCUGAAUGCUUCCGUAUUUUUGACAAGAACGGAGAUGGUUUCGUCGACCGGGAGGAGUUUGGAGAAAUCCUCCAUCUCACUGGAGAAUCAGUCGUAGAGGAAGAUAUUGAUGAGAUGUUCGGAGAAUCGGACACAAACAAGGACGGAAAGAUUGAUUUUGAUGAGUUUCUGAAAAUGAUGGAGAACGUCCAGUAAUGAGGCCAGCUCUGCAUUCCUUGGUGACCCUGCCUGGGAGAGAAUGUAAAGCACUCUGUCUGAUGGAAAUCUGUUCGGAGCAAAAGCUAAACGCUGUAUAACCUUGUAUAAUUAUGAACGUGAUUUCUCUGAGUGAUCUUAAAGGAUACAAGUGAAACUCAAGUGCCUUUAAUCCCUACCCCCUUCUCAUACGAGGCCCCAGGGUUUGGUGACGAUAUCUAUAAAUACCCCUUCAAACCAUUUAAGACGAAGACACUUUCCCCCUGCCAUCCUGCCAUCUCCUUGCGCGGGCC